AUGCCUCCCACCCGCUCGACUAGAUCAACCAGAGCUGGGACUUCUCGACUGACUGCGCCCAACAGCACUUCAGCCAGCAUAAACAGACAAACAAACGACUCCCAUCACCUGCGCAUCACUGUCAAGGCUCCUCCCAGCAAGUUGCGCCAGGCUAUCUCUGGCGACGAUCCCGAGUCCGAUUACCCUGAUGCCGACGACUCCCCUGAACCCCCUGUGAGGACUGCUCGCUCCACCCGCAACCCUCGUACUGUGCUCGACAAUGAGUCCGACGAAGACCAGGACGACGACGAUGACGAAGAAGACGAUGAAGAGGAUGCCGAUGGAGAAGAAGAUGGCAUGGACAACACCGACAUGAUGGACGCUGAGGGCAGCGACGAAGAUGCUGACGCUGACGCCGAUGAUAUGGACAUGGACUCUCCUCAUCCGCCAACCCCAACUAUUCGCGUCCUCCCAGCCACUUCCUCCACGAACUCAAAGCCCAAAGUCAAUCUUGCUGUUUCGGCACCACCGCGCAAAGGAAAUCUCAAGAGUGUCGAAGACAAGGAAUUGGACGAUGAAGACGACGAUGACGACGAUGAACUGUCUGAUCUGCAAUCCGGCGAUGAGGAUCAACCGGGUGCCGAAGACGACGAGGAAGACCUUGAUAGCGAGCUCGAAGGCGAGGACGGCGACGCAACACUGGAUUUGACAAAGAUGACUCGCCGUCAACGUGCAGUCUACGAUGAAGAGCAGGACGAAAGUCUCAUGGCUCUCUCUAAUGAGGCCCAGAAGAAAAAGCAUCUGACGGCAGAGGAGCACGCCAUGCGAAGAGCCGAGAUGGCAAGACGAAGGAAGAACUUGUCUGAGAAGCGCAAUGAGGAAGAAAAGAUGGACACUAUCAACAAGCUACUCAAGAAACCCGCCACUAAGCGUCGAACUCGCGCCGAAAUCAUUGCUGCUCAAAAUGCUGCAGAAGGGACACCAAUGUACACCGAGGAUGGCGAAGAAUACUACAAUCCCGCGAACCCGCUCUUUGUGCGAUACGUCAACAACAAGGAUGGAAGCCGUGUCGGCGUGCCCUCAGAAUGGCUGGAAGAAGGUCAGCCAGCAGGACAAAUGCUAAGCAACGGCUGGAAAGCACCAGUCAAGAUGGUUGAAGAAGUACAGUAG